AUGCGGCGGCUAAGGGAUGAUUUGAAUUCAAGAUUGGAUGAUAGGAAGAGCGAAGAUGAGGCGGCAAUGGUCUCUGGGGCGGUAAUGGUAAUGGUAAUGGUCAUAAUGGAGGAUAGAUGA